AUGGCCUGGUCCAGUCGCCUUGGGGUGGGCGUGAUCGCCUUCGCGUCUGGCGGCGCCAUUACGGCGCUCGUCGUCAAGGCGGCGAGUCCGGAUACUGGGCGUACCCGUGGUACAUUCGCAGUUCCACACCCAGAAUUCUUCCAUUCUUCGGAAAAGUCAACUCUGACAGGUGAUUUUUCCAAUGAAAUCCCUCCUUACAAAGUUUGGGAGAAGGACUGGGACAGACGUGAGCUAGGGCCGGCGGAGCGGAGGAAAUCACUCCGACGUGGAAUCGCUGAGGAUCUAGUGAAAAAAGUGGGGCGGGAGGGCACGGCAGCGCCGACGGCCAACCGCCAUCUCCUGUUCAUCCGACACGGUCAGUUCAACCGAAAAGGGAAGAAGGACGAGGAGCGAGGCCUGACAGUGCUGGGCAGGGAGCAAGCGGAGCUGACCGGGCAGCGCCUGAAGGCCCUGGGGAUCCCCGUCACCGUUCUCGUUGGUUCGAGCAUGACUCGAGCCAAGGAGACGGCGGAUAUCAUCGCCUCGUUCUUUCCUGGCCUCCCCAGGAAUCAGACGGAUCUCCUGAUGGAAGGUGCUCCUAUCUUACCCGUACCUCCCACUCGGAACUGGAAACCGCCACAAUUACAGUAUUAUUCUGAUGGGGCAAGGAUAGAGGCAGCAUUUCGCUCCUUUGUCCAUCGAGCUAAUCCCGAGCAAGAGACAGAUUCUUACGAGCUUUACGUCUGCCAUGGCAACGUGAUUCGAUACAUUGUUUGCAGGGCCCUGCAGUUCCCCCCUGAAGGGUGGAUCCGGCUGAGCCUGUACCACGGGAGCAUCACGUGGUUGACGAUUCUACCCGAUGGCCGGGUCGUCCUCCAGUGUCUUGGGGAUAGGAUGGCCGGAUUCAGUCGCCUUGGAGUUGGCAUGAUUGCCUUCACGUCGGGCGGGGCCGUCGCGGCGCUCGUCAUGAACGUGUGGAGUCCCGCGCAGGAUGGUGGAUGUGCUGAAAAUCAAUUCCUGGCCCCUGACUCCAAGUUUUUCCGUCUUCCGGAGAGGCAGCCAAUUGGAACGGACGUAUUGUCUCAUGUGACACCUCCUCCUACAGUGUGGGACGAGAACUGGGACAGACGCGACCCGAGUACAAUUGAGAAGAAGAAGUUAAAGCGAAGUCGAACCGAAGGAGAUUUGGCAAAGAAGGCAGAGCUGGAACAGAAAGUAGUGCCGACGGCCAACCGCCACCUGCUGUUCAUCCGACACGGUCAGUACGAUAUGAAAGGGAAGGAAGACGAAGAUCGGCGCCUGACGCCACUGGGGAGGAUGCAGGCGGAGCUGACCGGGCAGCGCCUGAGGGCCCUGGGGAUCCCCAUCACCGUUCUCGUGGGUUCAAGCAUGACUCGAGCCAAGGAGACGGCGGAUAUCAUCGCCUCGUUCUUUCCCGACGUCCCGCGGAGCCAGACUGACCUCCUUCGGGAGGGCGCUCCUGUCAUGCCCGAUCCUUCUGUUGGACACUGGAAGCCAGAACGAUUCGUGAGGAUAUCUCGUUGGUCCUCACCUUGGUGGUUUGUCCACCUUGGUGAUGGUUAUUCCAGGAGUGUAAUGGACAAUGGAAGAGCUUGCUUCUUUUCCCUGGUUUUCCAGCAAUUUUACUCUGAUGGAGCGAGGAUAGAGGCGGCAUUUCGCUCCUACGUCCAUCGAGCCCCGCCCGAACAGUCAACAGAUACUUAUGAGGUCUUUGUCUGCCAUGCCAACGUCAUUCGCUACAUUGUUUGCAGAGCUCUCCAGUUCCCUCCUGAAGGGUGGCUCAGGAUGGGCUUAAACCAUGGGAGCAUUACAUGGCUGACCAUUCGACCCAGCGGCCGGGUCGUCCUCCGAAGUCUUGGGGAUGCGGGUUACAUGCCUCCGGACAAAGUCACCUGCAAUGGAUCUAAAUGAGAAAAUGUUCACCUAGAUUAUUUAUGUAUAUAUGUUGCAACUCAUGGAUCUGGGAGCCUUAGCUUUUUUUUUAUUUAUCUUUGUUAUUAAACCCUGUUUGCAGAAGAA